AUGAAGAAGAUCAUUAAGAAGGCCUUGAUGCAGUUCGUCGAGCAGCACCUUCUCCUCUCCGAUACCCAACAGGGCUUUCGAUGUGGCAGGUCUUGCUUCACGAAUCUGCUCUUUACGUUUGAACGCCAGACUAAAGCACGCGACGAAGGCAAUGUGGUGCACGCCGUCUACAUCGACUUCGAAAACGCCUUCGACAGCAUCCCGCACCAACGUCUCUUGCACAAACUGAGCAACGAUGGAAUUCGUGAAAGCCUUCUUGUAUGGAUCCAGAACUUUCUGGCUGGACGGUCGCAGAGAGUGCAGGUCGGGCGUCAACAGUUCUCAGAGGUAAGCGUAGUGAGUGGCGUCCCACAGGACUCAGUCUUAGGUCCCACAUUAUUCCUCGUCUUCAUAAAUGACUGCGUCAAGGACCUAGACCGUGAUGCCAGCCUGUUUGCCGACGACAAAAAAAUGUGGAAAGUUAUUUACAAUGCGGCAGACGCAGACCAUCUGCAAGCAAACUUAAACAGGCUUGAAGCGCUAGCUUAUGCCCUCUAA